AUGGCUCCCCUCACAGACGAAGACUACCACUCCAUCCUCACAACCGAACUCCCCUCCCCCUCCGACCCCAUCCUCCAAAAAUAUCUCUCCAGCCGCACCGCCCUCAUAAACGAAGAGUAUAAACAGCGAAGCGACUCCUCCUUCCGACAAGCCCUCUCCCCCAUCGCCAAGGCAGCAUGCCGCAUCGUCGACAGGAUACGAGAUGAAGAGCACCACCAUGUCACAACCACUACUCUCACCCCCGACGCCAUGACCAAACCCAAAUCAUGGCAAAUCAUCCAGCGGCUACCAAAAGGCGGUCUCCUCCGCGCCCAGAUGGACGCCCUCGCUUUGGCUAAUGUCGACCACCUCAUCACCCUGGCACUCGAGACACCAGGGAUGUGUCUGUCAUCCUCGAAUGGAAAUCUCGCUACGGCAGAGGCAAGGGGUGAUACCACGAGAAGAGUCGAAAUCCGGUUCCGAAAGAACGACCAGAAAAGCGAGCAGUCGAUAUGGAGUUCUGACUACGAGAGCGGAACCUUUGUGCCCCUGACCAAUGCGGCGGAUGACUACCCCGAAGGAGGCAGGUCAGGCUUCAGCAAAUGGCUCAAGGUAAGAUGCGGUGUAGUAUCGAGGAGUGAUGACAGCAUUACUACUACGACGCCACAAACCGAAAAAACCGAAAGCUUCUCAUCGGCCGAGGGCCGGGCAGAUUCACGCCUACUCAGGGGCAUGCUCUACUACGAGCCAAUAUUCCGAAAGUUCCUGCGUCAUCUCUUGGUUCAACUAAUGGAGGACGGUCUAUCGUGGUCAGAACUACGGCUUACUUUCCCCCUUGAUUACUACCGCACAGGCUCAGAGUCGCCAGAACCCGACUCUGACCAGUUGUUCGUCGUCAUCGGACAAGAAGCGGCCAGCUAUUGCCGCCAAGCCACAACCACUCCCGACGACCCGGGUCAGCGACCGCCCUUCUGGGGACUCCGGAUCAUCUGGUCAACCACCCGCAACCAGGAUCAACGGUCGAUCAUUGAGGAUGCGGAUAGUUGCAUCGCGGCCAAAAUGAUCUGGUCUGACCUGGUGGCCGGCUACGACCUCGCCGACACCGACGCUCUCGGAAGAUCGCUCACGGACAUGCUACCAGAACUCUUCUGGUUCCGAAAGCAGUGCGCACUGGAAGAAGUCGAAAUCCCCUUUUUCUUGGACGCGGGGGGUGGCAUUGAUGGAGCUGGCGAAUGCAACCUCUUCGACGCUCUUUUGCUCGGAACACGGAGGCUCGGAAAUGCUCCGUCGCUCUACAGACACCCGCGCAUGAUGGAGGCUGUCAAGGACAAGAGGAUCCUGGUAGAGAGUUGUCUGGUACCGGGCAAAGGCGACAUUUCGAACCACCCGCUCCUGGCCCUCAUCGCUCAGGGUGUUCCGUGUGCCUUGUCACUUGGUGAUGCGAAGGAAAAUGCGGGAGAAGGUGCCGGCUUGGGAAUGACACACCAGUUCUGGACAGCACUGCAUGCGUGGGAGUCAUUAGGCCUGGCUGGAAUCGGGUCUCUGGCGGAGAACAGUGUUCGGUGGGCUGCCUUUGAGGACCAGCCUCCUGAGUCAUGGAUACGGGAUAUUCGUGCAGCAAGCGUGGGGUCUGGACUGAAAGCCAAACGCCUAAAGGAAUGGGCGGUCGAGUGGGAGCGCUUCUGUCUUUGGAUUGUUACUGAGUACGGCGAUGAUUACGGCGAGGGUGGAGAUGGCGACGGCGAUGGCGAUGUCACUGCUUCGGCUAACUAA